AUGGUUACCCGGCAAGGCGAACAGAAGCCAUUCAUCCGCAACGUUUUCACGCUGAACACUUGUCAAGGCAUCGUCGGCUCGGAAGUGCUGUCUUUCCAAGAGGAGAAGGAGCUGCUACACCAAUGGCGCAACUUCAUCGUCGAAGCCGAUCCAGACGUCAUCAUCGGCUACAACAUUGCCAACUUUGAUAUCCCGUACCUCAUAGCUCGAGCGAAGCACCUCAAGGUGCACGAUUUUGCUUAUAUGAGCAGAAUAUCGACCCGCUCGGCAGAGAAAAUGGUGGAAACGAAAGAGUCUCGCUUCUCGUCGAAAGCCUACGGCACGCGCGAUUCCAAGGAGACUCCCAUGGACGGACGCAUACAGUUUGACGUGCUGCAAGUCAUGCAAAGGGAUCACAAGCUCAGAAGCUACUCUCUCAAUGCGGUCUGCGCGCAUUUCUUGGGCGAGCAAAAGGAAGAUGUGCAUCAUUCAAUUAUCACAGAGUUACAAAACGGUACACCCGAGUCGCGACGUCGUCUAGCGGUGUAUUGUCUCAAGGAUGCGUACUUACCGCAACGGCUCCUCGACAAGCUCAUGAGCUUCAUCAACUACAUCGAGAUGGCGAGAGUAACAGGCGUGCCAUUCAAUUACCUGCUUUCGCGUGGACAACAGAUUAAAGUCGUGUCUCAGCUCUUCCGCAAGGCUGGCGAAGAAGGCUAUGUGAUUCCUUCCUUGAAAGGCGAAGGCUCCGAUGAACAGUAUGAAGGUGCGACAGUCAUCGAGCCAACUCGCGGCUACUAUGACGUACCGAUAGCAACCCUCGAUUUCAGCUCGCUGUAUCCCUCCAUCAUGAUGGCGCACAAUCUCUGUUAUACAACGCUGAUGGAUAAGAAGACCAUCGACCGCCUCGGCUUCCUGAUAGACAAGGACUACAUCAUGACGCCGAAUGGCGAUUUCUUUGCAAAGUCUCACAAGCGUAAAGGCCUGCUGCCGACUGUCCUCGAAGAUCUCUUAUCUGCUAGAAAACGAGCCAAGAACGACAUGAAGAACGAGACUGAUCCUUUCAAGCGCGCCGUGCUUGAUGGUCGUCAAUUAGCACUCAAGAUCAGCGCUAAUUCCGUGUACGGCUUCACGGGCGCUACUGUUGGCAAGCUGCCUUGCUUGCCUAUCUCGACCAGCACGACCGCGUACGGAAGAGAAAUGAUCGAGAGGACCAAGCAGGAAGUGCAAGACAAAUACAACACCAAGAAUGGCUACGAGAACGACGCGGAAGUCAUCUAUGGUGAUACCGAUUCGGUCAUGGUCAGAUUUGGCACCAAAGAUCUCGCAGAAACGAUGAAGCUCGGCGCAGAAGCUGCCGCUUACGUGACUGAGAAGUUCGUGCGACCUAUCAAGCUCGAGUUCGAGAAAGUCUAUUACCCCUAUUUGCUGAUCAGCAAAAAGCGAUACGCGGGCCUGUACUGGACGCGGCCUGAUCGGUAUGACAAGAUGGACACCAAAGGCAUCGAAACGGUCAGAAGAGACAAUUGUCAGCUAGUGUCGACGGUCAUCGAAACUUGCCUUAAUAAGAUGCUGAUCGAGCGAGAUUUGUCUGGCGCUGAGGAGUACGUGAAGCAAGUCAUCUCAGAUUUGCUGCAAAACAAGAUCGAUCUGUCGCAAUUGGUCAUCACCAAAGCUCUGGCAAAGACCGACUACAAAGCCAAGCAGGCGCAUGUGGAGCUUGCUGAGCGAAUGAGGAAGCGUGACGCUGGUUCAGCACCUAGCUUGGGCGAUCGCGUAGCUUUCGUCAUCAUCAAAGGCACCACAGACGCUCGGGCAUACGAAAAGUCGGAAGAUCCCAUCUACGUUCUCGAUCAUAAUCUGCCGAUAGAUACACGGUACUAUCUUGACAAUCAGCUGUCGAAACCUCUUAUGCGCAUCUUCGAGCCCAUCAUGGGCGAAAAGUCAAGCUCAUUGUUGGCCGGCGACCAUACGCGCGCUGUGAGCAUCAAGGCACCGACAAAGGGCGGCUUGAUGGGCUUUGUCAAAAAGACAAUGACUUGUCUCGGCUGCAAAUCGACGAUAGUGCCGAAGAAGGGCCAGAAUGUAGCCGUGUGCAAGAAUUGUGCGCCCCGGACGGCAGAGCUCUACUACAAAACACUGGCAUUGGCGUCUCAAUUCGAAACGGCGUAUGCUCGGCUCUGGACGCAAUGCCAAAGAUGUCAAGGCUCGCUGCAUCAGGACGUUAUUUGCACAUCGGCGGAUUGUCCGAUAUAUUAUCGACGCAGGACAGCACGUCGAGAGGCAGAGACUGCGCAUGAAACACUUGCAAGAUUCCAGGGUGAUUGGUAG